CGCGAAGAGGAUGCUGUAAUAGCGCACAGGCUCGCGCUGCGUGCUCGUAAACGCACAGUCAUUUACACAACCUAUAGAUCUACCUGCUUAUGCAUUUUAUAGCAUGACAUGAUGGACACUGGCGAAGGGAAAUGUUAGCUUAGCAUGCAUGUGCAGGCUGCUGGCUGGGUUUGGAGGGGGAGGCUGGCUUUGAGGUCCCGCCCCUCAUUCAUUCUGCCGAGGACACCGGAGGAGGACGGACCUCUGAGGGACCUCUGAGGGGGAAAGAGGAGAGGAAAGAGGAAAGGAAAGGCCACUUUUUAAUACAGCGCGAAGAUCUCGAGUGAUAGGAUCAAGGAAAAGGAGUGGAUGCUUGUUUCGGGCCCGGUGCGCGCGCCGGCUAUGCGGGAAGCAUAAACCGGCGACCGCCGCCUCUCUCUCUCUCUCUCUCUCUCUCUCUCUCUCCGUUUCACGAGCAUCAGUGAUUUAUUGGGUGAGACCAGGAUCAGGGGCCUGUCGCGCGCGUUAAAAUAUGGAUGCGUUCUUUGCAGAGGGGACGCGUGUGUGGGUGAAGGAGAAAGAGCAGCUGCUUCCCUCUACAGUCAACUCCUGUGGAGAUGGAACCAUUGUCCUCACUACUGACUAUGGAGAGGUGUUAUACCUGCAGCAGGCGGAGGUGAACAGGGAGAAGGUGUACCCCAUGCACCAGAGCAGCAUCGAUGGCGUGGAGGACAUGUCCACACUGGCCGAGCUCCACGAGGCUGCUAUCAUGCACAACCUUCACCAGCGCUACCAGAAGGAUCACAUCUAUACGAACAUCGGCUCCAUCUUGGCAGCGGUGAACCCGUAUAAGCAGAUUGCAGGCCUGUAUGAUCUCUCAGCAGUAGAUCUGUACAGUCGACAUCACCUCGGCGAACUCCCACCUCACAUCUUCGCCGUGGCCAGCGAGAGCUACCGAUGCCUCUGGAAAAGACACGACAGCCAGUGUGUGCUCAUCAGUGGAGAGAGCGGAGCUGGUAAAACAGAGAGCACUAAACUUCUGCUGCAGUUUCUGUCUGUGAUGAGCCAGAAUUCAGCGGGAGCUCCGGAGAAGACCGCCUGCGUAGAGCAAGCCAUCGUACAGAGCAGUCCAAUCAUGGAGGCAUUUGGAAACGCCAAAACUGUUUACAACAACAACUCCAGUCGCUUCGGAAAGUUCAUCCAGCUUCAUUUCUGUCAGAGUGGCAACAUCCAAGGAGGCUGCAUCGUCGACUAUUUGCUUGAAAAGAACCGUGUGGUGAGACAGAACCCUGGAGAGAGAAACUAUCACAUCUUCUACGCUCUGCUGGCCGGUGCUGAUAAAGGGCAGAAAGAAACGUAUUACCUGGCUGAACCUCCUGAGCUGUUUCAUUACCUGAGUCAGUCUGGCUGCGUGAAGGACCGCAAUCUGGACGAUAAGAAGCUCUACGAUAGUGUCAUGGAAGCGCUGAAGGUGCUGGAGUUCAGUGAGGAGGAGAUCAGAGACAUGUUCAAGCUGCUGUCUGGAGUCCUGCAGCUGGGCAACAUUGAGUUCAUGACAGCAGGGGGCGCUCAGAUCACCACCAAGCAGGUGGUCACUAACGUCAGUGAGCUUCUGGGUCUGGACUCGUUCCAGUUGUCUGAAGUUUUGACUCAGCGCUCCAUGAUUCUCAGAGGAGAAGAGAUCUGCUCCCCGCUUACUAUAGAGCAGGCGAUAGAUUCGCGGGACUCGGUUGCCAUGGCGCUGUACUCUCAGUGCUUCUCCUGGAUCAUCAUGCGCAUCAACCAGAAGAUCAACGGCCGAGACAACUUCAAAUCCAUCGGCAUCCUCGACAUCUUCGGCUUCGAGAAUUUCGAGGUGAACCGCUUCGAGCAGUUCAACAUCAACUACGCUAAUGAGAAGCUGCAGGAGUAUUUUAACAAACACAUCUUCUCUCUGGAGCAGCUCGAGUACAACAGGGAGGGAAUUCGCUGGGAAGCCAUAGACUGGAUGGACAACGCAGAAUGUCUGGAUCUGAUUGAAAAAAAACUGGGCAUGUUGGCACUGGUUAAUGAGGAGAGCCGCUUCCCCAAAGGUACAGAUUUCACUCUGCUGGAGAAACUACACAGCCGACACUCGACCAACCCGUACUAUGUGAAGCCUCGACUGGCCGAUCAUCAGUUUGGCAUUAAGCACUACGCUGGCGAGGUUUUGUAUGACGUGAGAGGCAUCUUGGAGAAGAACAGAGAUACAUUUAGAGACGAUAUCUUGAACAUGCUGAAGGACAGCAGGCUGGACUUCAUCUACGACCUGUUUGAGCAAGUGGGUAGCAGGAAUAAUGAAGAGACCCUGAAGAUGGGCACCGCUCGGAAGAAACCCACCGUGAGCUCCCAGUUCAGAGACUCUCUGCACUCCUUAAUGGCCACUCUCAGUGUGUCCAACCCCUUCUUCGUGCGCUGCAUCAAACCCAACAUGGACAAGACACCCAACAGGUUUGACCCGGAGGUGGUUCUGAAUCAGCUGCGCUACUCGGGCAUGCUGGAAACGGUGAAGAUCCGGCGUGCAGGGUUUCCCGUCAGACGCACUUUCAAAGACUUCUUGAGCAGGUAUAAGAUUAUUCUGAAGGAAGGCGGGAAAACAGCAGCAGCUGAUGGAGAUGAGAAAAAAAGGUGCACUGAUCUGCUCACCAAAUACGACCACACCAAGAAAGACUGGCAGCUCGGGAAGACCAAGGUGUUUAUGAAGGAGUCUCUGGAGCAGAGGCUGGAGAAGGAGCGAGACGAAGUGCGCCGUAAAGCCGGCCUCAUCAUACGAGCGCACCUGCUCGCUUACAUAGCAAGGAAGCAAUUUAAAAAAGCUCUGUCCAGCAUCGUGACCAUCCAGAAGAACUACCGUGCACACUUCUACCGCCGCCGAUUCCUUCGCCAGCGCUCGGCCGUGCUCGUCCUGCAGAGGUGCCGGCGCGGACAGGUGGCGCGGAGCAGGUGUCGCAAACUCCGAGACGAGAAGAGGAAGAGAGAGGAGGAGGAGAGGAGGAAGAAAGAGGCAGAGGAGAAGAAGAGAGAGGGAGAGGGGGCACAGGUGAAAGGAGAAGAUGCAGAAAAAGGAGAGGAUGAGGCAGCAGGAGGCACUCAGCUCUCUGUGGAGGAGCAGAGCCGUCAGAUGGAGGAGAUCCUGAGGCUGGAGCGGGAGAUCGAGCGGCUGCAGAAGCAGAGGGAGGACGGCGUGUCGCAGCUGUGUGAGAGCUCACGGCAGGAGCUGAGGCUACGCCGUCACGCUGAGGCUCUGCGUCUCAAAAAGGAGGCAUCUCGUGUCGCCACUCAGUCGCUUGACCUGCAGAGCUUCGCCGGCAUCCAGCCUGAACAGAAGGUCCCUGCGGCGCCGCCUUUGCCCACUGCGGCUGAAGGUUCCAGUGUGGGAGAGGGUCGAGUCUCGCUGCCUGAUUUCCCUCCUCCGGCUGAGGGGCCUCCUGAUCAGGAGAUCUUAGCCACGCUGCCUCCACCUCCACCGGCCUUCGCUGAGGGCACGCCGCCUUCCUCUUCACCUGCUGCUGCUCCAACCGUCCCCGCGCCUCCUCCUCCGCCUCCUCCACCUCCUCCCCCACCUCCUCCACCUCCUCCUCCACUCCCAGGAGAGGCUGCACAGGUGAACAUGAACGUCUCCAAACCGGAGGAGGAGAAGGAAGUGUCUGAGCCUGCAGAGCCUGAGAAAGAGGAGAAAAAGGCAGAUGAGGCAGAAGGUGAGGCAGCGGAUCGGGGCAGCAGGCUGACCGAAACCGAGGAGCCGAUUUACAGCCUUCCGCUGGACACGGAGUCUGACUACGACCAGGACGAGCUGGAAGAGGGACAGAACAACAACGCGGCAAACGACCCGGAGCACGCGCGCAAGUCCACCUGCACCAACGCCAGCCAGGAGUCGUACAAUCGCAGCUCAGACUCGUAUGUGGAGAGCGAUGAGGAGCAUGACGGUCUCGCUGAUACAGAUGAAGAGCUGUCGAACGGUAAAGGCAACAUCCUGAAUGGUAAUGGGCCUCCAUACUUCCACAGCUACCUCUAUAUGAAAGCGGGUUUGAUGAUCCCGUGGCGAAGGCGCUGGUGUGUUCUGAAGGACGAGACAUUCAUGUGGUUCCGCUCCAAACAGGAGUCUCUGAAGUCGGGCUGGCUGUAUAAGAAAGGCGGAGGACUGUCCACGCUCUCGCGCAGGAACUGGAAGAUGCGCUGGUUUGUGCUGCGUGAUUCUAAGCUCAUGUACUUCGAGAACGACAGCGAGGAGAAGCUCAAGGGCACCAUUGACAUCCGCUCAGCCAAGGAGAUAGUAGACAACCAUGAGAAGGAGAAUGCACUGAACAUCGUGACGGAUGAACGGACGUAUCAGGUGUUUGCCGAGUCACCAGAAGAUGCCAGUGGUUGGUUUACCGUCCUGAGUCGGGUCCAUACUGCCACCCCUGAGCAGCUGCUGGAGAUGUCUCAUGAGCAGGCGAACCCAAAAAACGCUGUGGGCACUCUGGAUGUCGGACUGAUCGACUCUGUGUGUGCGUCUGACAAUCCGGACCGACCUAACUCUUUUGUGAUCAUCACGGCGAAUCGAGUGAUCCACUGUAACACAGAGCUCCCGGAGGAGAUGCACCACUGGAUCAGCCUCCUUCAGAAGCCCAAAGGAGACACCAAGGUUGAAGGCCAGGAGUUCCUGGUUAGAGGCUGGCUGCAUAAAGAGGUGAAGACCGGAGCCAAGAGCAGUGCACUGAAACUGAAGAAGCGCUGGUUCAUCCUGACCAACAACUCUCUGGAUUACUACAAAUCGGCCGAGCGCAGCACAUCCAAGAUGGGCACGCUGGUGCUGAACAGCCUCUGCUCCGUGGUCCAGCCCGAUGAGAAGGUGUUCAAAGAGACGGGAUACUGGAACAUUGUGGUUCAUGGGAGGAAACAUUCCUACCGGCUCUACACCAAGAUGCUGAACGAGGCCAUGAGAUGGGUUUCGGCUAUUCAGGGUGUCAUUGAGAACAAGGCGCCCAUUGAGACGCCGACACAGCAGCUCAUCAGAGACAUCAAGGAGAACAGCGUGAAUUCGGAGGCGGUGGAGCAGAUGUAUCGCCGGAACCCCAUCCUACGCUACACCCAGCAUCCACUGCACUCGCCCCUGCUGCCGUUACCGUACGGAGAGAUCAAUGACAGCUUGCAAAAGGAGAAGGGCUACGGCAGCCUGCAGGACGAGGCAGUGAAGAUUUUCAACUCUCUGCAGGAGAUGGAGAUUGUCUCCGACCCAGUGGCCAUUAUCCAGGGCAUCCUGCAGACCUGCCACGACCUGAAGCCGCUCCGAGACGAGGUCUACUGUCAGCUGAUCAAACAGACCAAUCACGUGCCUCAACCCAACAGCCCGGGCAACCGCGCGCACUGGCACCUGCUCACGUGCAUGAGCUGUACGUUCCUGCCCAGCCGAGCCAUCCUGCGCUACCUGCGCUUCCACCUCAAGAGGGUGAGGGAGCGUUAUCCUGGCACCGAGAUCGAAAAGUACGCCCACUUUAUCAGCGAGUCUCUGAAGAAAACCAAGACGAGGGAGUUUGUGCCCUCUCAGGAGGAGAUCGCCGCCCUGCUGACCAGACGCGAGAUGGCCACCACGGUGUACUGCCACGGAGGAGGAUCCUGCAAGAUCUCCAUCAACUCCCACACCACUGCAGGAGAGGUUGUGGAGAAGCUGAUCCGAGGUCUGGCGAUGGAUAACAGCCGGAAUUUAUUCUCCUUGUUUGAACACAACAAGGUGGAGAGCCGAGCUAUCGAGAGCCGUGUCAUCGUAGCAGACGUACUCGCCAAGUUUGAAAGACUGGCAGGAAGUGAGGAAGAGGAAGAGGAAGGCCCUUGGCGGCUUUAUUUUAAACUGUAUUGCUUCCUCGAUGUGGACAGCAUGCCCAAAGAAGGGGUGGAGUUUGCCUUCAUGUUCGAACAGGCUCAUGAGAGUCUGAUCAGCGGCCAUUUCCCGGCCUCUGAGGAGACGCUGCAGCACCUGGCCGCACUUCGGCUGCAGUACAUCCAUGGAGACGUGGCGCGCACGCCGUGGAGCCUGAGCAGCGUGUAUCCGGUGGCGCGCCUCCGCACCCGCAUCCUGCACUCCACCAAGGUUGGUGGGUCGGGUGGGGUGGGAGUUGCGGGUGUGGGUCCAGGAGGUCACACGCUCGAGAGGAGAAGGACCAGCUUCCUGGACGGCACUCUGCGGCGCAGCUUCAAGACUGGCUCGCUGAAGAAGCAACGUGAGGAAGAGCAAAUGCUGGAGAUGUUUGUUAAGGAGGAGAUGUCGGCUACUCUGACCAGCGUCCUGGAGAAGUGGAACCGCCUGCACGGCAUGCCUCAACACCAGGCUAUGCUCAGCUACAUGACCAUCAUCAAAGAGUGGCCCGGAUAUGGCUCUACACUCUUCGACGUUGAGUGUAAAGAAGGAGGUUUCCCUCAUGACCUGUGGCUGGGAGUGAGUGCAGAGAAUGUGUCUGUGUAUAAGAGAGGAGAACCCAAACCACUAGAGACCUUCCAGUACGAGCAUAUAGUCUUCUUCGGCGCGCCGCAGCCCAGCACCUACAAGAUCACCGUUGACGAAAGGGAGAUGUUUUUCGAAACUCCUCGGGUGGGUGAGAUCACAAAGAUCAUGAAGGCCUACAUCAACAUGAUUGUCAAGAAGCGCUGCAGCGUCAUGUCCGUCACCAGCACCGGCAGCACAUGGAUCAGGUGAUCGAAACCAGCCAAUCAGUUAGGGGCUGGUGAGCGAUGAAAUUACCAGCGAGAGAAAAAGUCUUUGUGUUGAACCAGGAAACAUGAGCACACAGAGUGAAAAAGGAAGAGCAAGAAAUAGAGAGGUCUCAGAACAGCUGGACCACAGUUUAUUUGAUGAAACUUAUUCACACUGCUACAAAGCACAACAAAUCCUGCAGUCCUGUGAUGUGAACCCUCCCUUAAUGCUGGCACCACCAUUGCUGGCCUUCUCUCUCAUCUCAAAUUCUUCUCUCUUUCAUCCAGCCCUUCUCAAAAAUGUUCAUCUUGUGAUGUUCUCGAUGAACGUUGUGUGAGUUUGUGCUCCUUGCUACUGUUCAAACUGUUUCCCCACUUUCCUGAUUUCAUAAUGUCGGGGACAUAAAAGUGAACUCCUCCAUAAGAGUCACACUGAGAGCCAUUUUUAAAAGCCAAGGCAACUGGCAGCCAUGUUUUUAUUUAUUUAUUUAUCUUAUUUAUUUAUUUAUUGAUCACCGAUCAGUAUCAGCGCAACUCAAGUCUUAAAUCAACACAACUCAUUUGAGCUUAACUCAAAUCAGCUCAACUCAAGUGAACUCCAUUGAAGUCAACUCAAUUCAAUCCAGCUCAACUGAAAUCAGCUCAGCUGAACUCAAAUCAACUGAAAUCAACUCAGCUCAAAUCAACUCAACACAGCUCAACUCAGCUCAGAUCAACUCAUUUAAGCUUCUCUCAAAUCGACUCAGCUCAAAUCGACUCGAUUCAGCUUAACUCAAGUGAACUUAGCUGAACUCGAAUCAACUCAAAUCAACUCAGUUCAUCUCAAAUCAACUCAACACAGCUCAACUCAAUACAACUCAGCUCAACACAGCUCAACUUAACACAACUCUAAUCAGCUUAGAUCAACUCAACUCAACUAAAUUAACUCAACUCAACUCUGCUCCUCAACACAACUCAGAUCAGCUCAUCUCAAAUCAACUCAACACAGAUCAAAUCAACACAACUCUAAUCAGCUUAGAUCAACUCAACUAAAUUAACUCAACUCUGCUCCUCAACACAACUGAGAUCAGCUCAACUCAAAUCAACUCAUUUGCACAACUCUGAGACUGAUCAGAGACCAGAAAUGUUGAGCAUUCACCCAUUAGAGCCACUAUAACAGUGACUGUGUGACUGUUCUGAUGUCAGUGUGUACUAAAUGCUUUUCAUAUAUCACCCUCAAAAUAUAUUUUAUACUGCAGUGAAAGUCAGGACACAUCAUCUAACGGACAUACUUUAAAUCUGCAAGUGCAACAAACACAUUGAAUUCCUGUAUUGUACACACCAAUGCACAAAUAGGCUAAUGAACAGUGUGAAUGCACAACAGUUUUAAAAGUCUCUACAUACCUCCGUGUCCCCAGUACAGCAAGCCAAAACAACUCACUACUGAGAAAAUGUAUCAGUAUUACACCAAGCAAGGCCAGUGUUAAACUGGGGACGUUCAUAUAACCAGCGCACAGAUUUUUUUUUAAAAUGCUGACUUUUAAUCAGUAACUUUUGAUCAAAAAUUGAACCAGUAUCGUGUGUACCAUGUGGCAUUCAUUUGUACAUCCAGUACAUUAAAAAGGAUGUUUUUGAAUGCAAUCUUAGCUACUGAAAUCAAAAUCCUCCAUUAAAUGAACCAGUAUUGAUACUUUGAAUCCUACCAAGAGGCUUUUUUAACGUUUUUUCCACUCAAAUGUUGUUUGCGAAAGCUUGUGAAAGCAAUUCUGGCAGAAUUUUAGCUAGUCGCUAAAAAUGAUCGGCUAAAGUUUCCGGUCGCUCCCUUAAGGAUUUUUUUUAACUUGCAUUCAAACAACCCUAACCACCCUACUAAUAAGUCAUUUACACAAUCAAAGAGAGUUUUUUUUCCCAUUAAUGAACACAACACAGAAAUAUGGAAGGUUGCAGAUGUCAAGAAGCAGAGCAAUGACUCUACUGCGUAAUGUUAAUGUUAGCUAGGCUAAAACUAAGCAAAUGAUAGCGACUUACAGCAGAGAUGUUAGCAUUUUAUUAUCAUAUAAUUGCUGUGACCAAAAUCGUCAUUUCUACCUGUAGUAUCUCACCGAAAGUCUGUUCCUGAGAACAUCAGUCUCGCGUUUAUAUUCUUGAGGGCGUCACCAAGAUGGCCGGAAAGUAGACAGACUUGCCUAUAAGCGCUCACAGCUGAAGUGCGACACUUGUGAAUGUCAGGUAACUUUAUAGAAAAAACCAUCCAGUUACUAUGUAGGCGAAAUAUUUGGAACACUAACAAACUGUACCAAAAAUAAUGGUGCUCGCUUUUCAUCAGUAACAAGCCACACUAAUAUUUUGAUGGAAUCCGUUUUCAUUUAUUUAUUUCGUUAACAGUUAGACAUUUUACUUCGCUACAUGAUAUCUUUUGCACUAAAGAGCCCACAAAAAAUAACCAAUGUUUAACCCAGCUUUUAGAAGAAAAAAAAUCUUAGUGUGAUUUAACUUUAAUUAAAUCUUAAUAACUUAGUGGGACAGUAUUUUAAACCGUAUAUGUGGAAAUCAAAUACCUUGUGUGUCUAGUUGACACUCUAGUGUUAAAGCACUUAGCUGUAAUGUUUUAUGUGAUAUAGUAUUUUAUGCAUUUUAUCCCACAGUGCUGCUGAAUUCUCGAUUCUGAUUGGUCAGAAGGUGUUGCUUAAUCUUCUAUAACAACAACUGUGACAGUAGUGUGGCUGCAAAUCACAUGUUUAUAUAACAUGCUCGUUCUAAUACGUUACCGUUUCUAUAGUAACAGCGUACACAGUACACAGGAUUUAUUUACACAUAAACUAAAUUAAAAAAUAAACUGAUUAACUAAAAAUAAAGAAAAACAUAUUUACUGAUAUGGUGAACUUUUCUUUGAGGAGAUGUUUAAUUAACAUUUAUGGAAGGAGUCUCCAGUGUCAGUGCUUUGUAACAGUCAAAGGUAAAGCUGCAACUUUAAGUUUUUCAACAUGAGAAUGCCUUCAGAACAGCGGAAAGUGAGGUCAUGACUGUUUAUAGCUGCUAUAACGUACGUGAUAACAGGAACUAACUUGUGUCACAGACGUUCCAUAACAUUUAAUGUAAUUAUAAAUGGAUUAAAUUUAUGAUGUGUCAUACUUUAAUAGAUGAAACAGUCAGCAUUGGCUGUGGUAUAAGAGGUGUGGUGUUACAGGAAAAUAAUCAGCAACAGGGUGGGUUAAUGCAUCCCGACACAAAGUGGAGUUAUUGUUAACACCCUGAUGAAACCUUAUGAAACCCCGUCCCCAAAGACCCCUAAUAUACUAAUAUACUUUUCUGGACAAAUGCUUACAUAAUAUCCUACAUUACAUUCAUAUCAUUGACUCUUCUUCAUCACUACUCCAGUAUGAGUGUCUCGUAUGCCUGUAUAGAUUUUUUUUAAUAAAAUAUAUAAAUAUAAAUCUACCGUAUCUCACAACAGUACCUGUGUAAUUUUGCUGUUUGAUAUGCAACUGUUUGUCAAUGUCAUGCAAGGUUUUUUUGAGUGUAUGUCUGAGAAUUUUCAACUAAAACUACAUGAGCAAAAAAUGAUUAUGGAUUAUGGUUAUGAUUGUGGUUGUGGAGAAAUAAGCAUACAUGUAUAGGUAUGGGUGUUGUGAUUGUUAUUUAAGGCACAGAUUAAGGUGUGUAUUGGGAAUGCGGGUGGGCCAAGGGUUGGUGUAUUUAUUUCUUCUUAUGAUGUUAACGGAGAGAGCGAGGGAGUGGGAAGGACAGAGAUCAAACUAAUGGUGGAUUGAUGCUCCCUGUCUGUGCUGAUCCAGGAUCCGGUUUACAUCUAAACCUUGAUCACCAGUAGCCUGUUGUGGGUGCUGGGAUUGUGUGAUGAGAGAUAUGGAUGCACAGAAAUGAUGUAUUGAAGUGGUGUGUAUGUGUGUGUGUGUGUGUGUGUGUGUGAGAGUGUGUGUCUGUGUGUGUGAAUGUGUGUGUGUAUCCUAUGACAGUAUUGUCUGCUGAUUGAACAGCCAACCUAGUUCUUACAAUGCCUCAUUAUAACGUAAUACACACACCAACAUAAAUACAUGCAUGCAAGACACACACACACACACACACACACACACACACACGCACACACACAUGGCUGGCUGGUUCUAUCUCUACUCUCUCUCACUCUUUACACUGGGACCCUUGCUCAGCUGCAGGCAGCCAAUAAAGGGCCUGAAUGUAAAUCUUCCUCAUUAUCAUUAUAUGACUCUAUAUAAGAUUAAAAAAUAUGACUGUGCUUGUUUAAGAGAGAGUAAUUUUCUUUUCUUUUUUUUUU